AUGCCUAGGCCAAUACUCGGUGGAAGAUUAUUGGAGAAACUCGUAUCGCGCACACAUAUACUUGCACAGGCGAAGACUCGCUCUGGCUGGACAAGCGGAUUCCACGGCCCGCGGCAAACCCUCUUGAACCGCGCCAUGUCCAGCUCAACUUCCGAGGCGACGCAGCCCAAGCUACAUACGUUUGUGAUCUGGGCACCUGAUUAUACAGACGAAGGUGCAUUCGGUCGAAGAAUGGAGGUCCGUGCGGAACAUCUGCGCACCGCAAAGCUCAACGAGGAAUCUGGAUAUGUCACGAAAAUCUCGGGGCCUCUCAUUACGCCCGAGUCUCUUGAGCCUGGAGCAACAAAGAAACUGGUCGGUUCGAUGCUCCUUGUGCGAGGAACGUCCGUGGAAGAUGUGUUUGCCAAAGUUCAGACCGAUGUAUAUUGGACGAACCGCGUGUGGGAUAGAGAGAAGCUCGUAAUCUCUCCAAUCAUUAUCAACGCUGACAUCUAG